AUGGGGAGAAGGCAAUACAAUCUCUAUGGGAAUCCGCACUCAGAAUCUCGGUCAUCCAGUCUAUGCACCAGGAGGAUUGACGAGAUCCGAAGACAGACUUUGGAUUUCUUUCAUGCAGACCCCGAACACUUUGACAUUGUUUUUGUGCAAAACGCUACCAACGCGGUCAAACUUGUUGUUCAAGCCCUGAAGGAUAGGCCCAUGACCACUACCCCGAAGAAGACGUUCAUGGGCCCAAGACUUUGGGUUGGCUACCACGUCGAGUCACAUACCAGUAUCAUUGGCAUCAGAGAGCUGGCCGACGCCGGUAGCCAUUGCUUCACGACGGAGGAAGAAGUAUAUAAUUGGCUCAACUCGAGGUCUGCCCACGAAGAUGUAGACCGGGUGCCAUCUCAAUCAUCGAAGACCUUCCAGGUGGGCCUUUUCUCCUAUCCUGGGCAAUCGAACAUGAAUGGACACAGACUCCCAUUGGACUGGCCAGGCCGUCUCCGGCGGUCUCGACUAUCUGCUCAUCAGAAGAUAUAUAGUCUCUGGGACGCUGCCGCGCUGGCGUCUACGUCACCGCUAGAUUUCAGUGACCUGGCGGAAUCCCCUGACUUCACAGUCGUAAGCUUCUACAAGAUAUUUGGCUUCCCGGAUCUGGGAGGUCUGAUUGUGCGCAAAGCUUCCGCAAGAGUUUUGACCGAACGGCCAUACUUUGGUGGAGGAACUGUGGAGAUGGUGGUCGCUGCUGGCGGCUCAUGGCAUUCAAAAAAGUUAGGCCAGGCCCACGAGGCUCUCGAAGACGGUACCGUGCCUUUCCAUGAUAUCAUUGCUCUGGGAAAUGCCCUAACUGCUCACCGGCAGUUAUACGGGUCGCAAGAGAGUGUAUCCCGACACACCUCAUCCCUAGCAGCUAUCUGUCAUGACUUUCUCUUGUCCCUGCGCCAUCCCAAUGGGACCAACGUCUGUGAAGUCUAUCGAGAUCCAGCUGCACGCUAUGGCCCAACUAUUGCCUUCAACCUGAGAACGGAUGAAGGCAAUUGGGUCGGGCUGCCUGAGCUCCAGCAAGCAGCCAAUGAGCAUCGCAUUCACAUCCGCACAGGCGACGUCUGCAACCCCGGGGGUAUCGCCAUGGCCCUAAGAUUGGAGCCAUGGGAACUCCUCAGAAACUACGCCGCUGGAAUCCGGUGUGGAUGUAAGGGUAUCAUUGUGGAUUCCAAACCGUCUGGGAUCGUGCGAGCCAGCUUUGGCGCCAUGAGUACAAUGGGGGAUCUAGAAGCAUUCAUGGGCUUUUUGAAACAAACAUACGCUUCGGGUCCAUGUAAGAGUUUACCAGAAGCUCUUCCGUCCUUGCCAAGUACUCUGCACGUUGCGAACAUUCUAAUUUACCCCAUCCAGGGAUGCGGAGCCUACUAUGUCAAGGACAAGGAGCCGUGGAACGUCACAGCUGCCGGCUUGCAGUGGGAUCGACAAUGGUGCUUAGUUGAUCUUCAAGAUAGGAGGGUCUUGACGCAAAAGAAAGCCCCAUGUCUGGUGCUGGUUCAUCCUGAAAUCGAUGCAAAAGAGGGAACACUGAAAGUCAGCUUACAUCGCUCACUGAAGAUCUGUCCUACGUUACAAGGAGACAUUACGGUGCCAAUAGACAAUUCGGACAAGUGCAAAGAAUGCUUUCCAAGGAAUGAUGUCGGUGUCUGGGACGACUCCCGAGAGAGGACGAUAACAGUGAGCGUCUUCCUAUCUCCGGAGAUUGAGAUGUUUUUUACCGCAGCGCUUGGGGUUCAUUGCACCUUGGCCAAAGUCCGCGAUCAGGAGUGCUUACUGCUGCCCCCUGUGAUACCGGCCAAGACGAUACCAAGUGUGACUGUCGAGCUGGACACUCAGAUGGAAGACAAUGAAGAAAUUAAUGAGCACAUCGUCGACCCUCUCUCCGUCUCACGCCCCCGGCCUCUAGCGCUGGCCGAGACUCUCCGUGCCAAUCUUCUCCUAACUUCGGAAGACCGACAUAACGGCCAAUGUUGGCAUUAUCUGCGCAUGGGCAAGAGAUAUACAGAGGGAAGUAAUUCCGACGGGGAGCACCCAACUAAGAUGUAUCAUCUUGCGCGUAUGCAAAAGCUGGAUAUUUCGGCGCAGGGCCGAAACCCCCAUUGGUUUGAGACGAAGACGCCUCUAAUAACGGUCGCCUGGGAGGCGGAAGCAUCGAGGGCUACACAGAACAGAUAUCAUUCCUACAACAUCAUGUCCCCCACAACCAUGAAAGCCAUCCAGAUCCAACGAUUCAACAAACCCUACCAUGUAUCCCUUGACCCCGUCCCCAACCCCGAGCCAUACCAAGUGUUGGUCCGCGUCAAGGCCACCGGGUUCUGUCACACAGACUUGAUGGCCCUGAAUAAUGAAUUCAACAUGAAGUUGCCCUUUAUCAGAUCGCACGAGCCCGCCGAGAUCAUUGAAGAAGUCAGCGCGAAGGUUACGGGGCUUCAAGAGAGGCGACCGGGUGGGCUGUAUCAACUUUGAUAGUGUCUGUGGUGAGACUUAGCCGAUCGUUUCCCCCUUGUUUGAUUCCUGAACAGUAUAAUACGGUACAGGCAAAUGGCGCGAUUUCUUGCGAUAGGCCCUUGCUACUGAUCAUCCGGCGGUGUUUUAGUUGGCGGCGGCUCUUACGAGGAAGCAUAGGAAAGAUGGUGCUCUUGGGUCAGCCUGAGAAGAGGAUUACCACGUCUUAUCAUAC